AUGGACCUUUUGCUCUUGGUACUGGUGCUGUUUGCUUGGGCUGGCGCGCACGCCUACCUGGUCAAAGCAGACCUGGCAGAACUACCGGCUUGGGUCUUCGCGGCAAUGUUGCCUGUUUCACAGGAUGAUAUCAAGAAAACCCAUGUCGAGAAAGAGAUGAUCAAACUUCGGCAGAGGAACUUCCGCUUCUUUAGCCGCUACUUGCUCCACGUUGCCUUUGUUCUGUGCUGCUACUUCUUCUAUGCCACGGCUGCAGCACCUGGGCUUGACAACGCCACCUUCCUCAUCGUGAGCGCUGUUUGUUAUAUGCAGCACUUGCUGGUCAGCAAAGAUUGGAUUGCCGUCACUCCUGAGCUGCUAAAGCACUCGACCUGGCUAAUGCAUAUCAUGGGGCUUUCCUUGAUUAUGGUACCAGCUGCUGGCAGCGCAUUCAAAUUUGGUUUGUUGCAAGCUUUCUUGACUGCUGUUCGCUUCUUGCUUGUUUUGUACUAUUUGGACCCAUGGGUAUGCAUUCCUUUCCAAAUACUAUACACAGGAGCAGGAAUGCUUAUCCAAGUCUAUACCUGCGAAGGAUUUGCCACGGAUUUUGGAGUUUUUUGCGUCAGCCAUCUCUUUGUUUUGUUGAUUAUUGUGGCCUCCUCGGUGUUCAUCAACAUUGCACUGAGAUCGCGCAUUUAUGCGCAGUUGGACACAACUGAUGCCGAGUCCUUGGUGUCCAGCUUCCGAAGGGUUUUGAAAGGUGCGUGUGACGGAGAAGUUCUUUUGGACAGUCACAUGAAUGUGGCACAGGAAAGUGAGUGCCUGAAGCAUUUGAUUUUAACUGACGUGAACCUCAAAGGCAGGAGUUUUAAACAUCUCCUGGCUGAUGAGGAACAAGACCGCUUUGCUGAAUUCAUCGAGUCAUCCACGCAGGCGUUUGGUAUGCCAGAAAGUGCAGAUGUUGCGCCUCCUUUCUGCUCCCGAGUGGCCUUCCGGGGAUCUGCAGGGAUUGGCGUUGCUGCUGAUAUCUACCACGUACCUGUGCGGCUCUUUGGUGCCAAGGACCCGUAUCACCUCAUCGCCUUUAAAGAGGAUCCGGAGUCCCGGCCUUUUCCUCAAGCGGAAGGCACAGUGCCUUUGGAGCUGAAGGGGCAAGGCGACCAGAAGAGGCCCUUUCAGUGUGGAGACCCUUCGACAAUCUCUGGCAGCACUGAAUAUUCCAACUCUAACAGUCAUACUUGUCCUGAACUGCAGGAAAUGACCUUGCUUGUGGAUGUGAACACUGAACUUCAGGAUGUGCAAGAGGCACACUUGAGAUUCUUACGUUGUGAUGAACCAGCUGAUCUUGCCUCGGCCCUACAAUCCAGCAUGCCCAGCUUGCGCAAGCUUGUGAAGCCUACAGAGUGGGAAAGGGUUAGAUCAAGCGCAACGAGGUUCGCAGAGAGCGCUCUACGCAAUCCGUCAAUCCAACCCAAAGUCAUGAAGAAGAUGACAAUCCAGCUACCAGGUCAAAGCCGAGUCAUCGCAGCUGAGGCUUCUUUGAAGCGAUUCCCUGAUGCUCUGAAGGUUUGGCUGCAUUUGAAAGGAUUGCGCCCAGAGAAGCCUCGACGUCAACCGCCCUUGGAUGGAAUUCAGGAGCGCGGCAUCCGUCGACGGCACGAACAGCUCAGCGGCACAUAG